UGGGACUGUAUUUGUAUGAGUAUCACGGACACACAGACGAGUGUUACGGUUAAUGACAGUUUCCCCCCCCUGUCAUUGACACAACAGGCAGGCAGGCAGGCACGCACGAUCAGCUGCCACACACUCACUCACACGCACUCUCCUUCCUUCCCGUACGUACGUACAUAAUAAGUACCGCCCCUACAUUGUAGCUAUACUACUCAAUCAGUGGGCGGACAUCGAUUCGACUCACCACCCCACACGAAGCAGCCAAGUAUUCUUCGCCCGGAUAGACAGACAACACAUACGACAUAGGAGGGAGGGGUGAAAGGGGGACGACUGUAGGAGACGUUCGUUGCGAUGUCUCUGCUCAUUCGUUCUCCACUCAGACACACACACACACAGAGAGAGAGAGAGAGAGACAGAGAGAGAGAGAGAGAGAUGGCCGCUCUUGGUGACACUCACUCACAUGCGUGCACCUGCCAAGCUCACACCACCCACCACAGAUCCAUCCAUCCAAAACUUCACUUCACUUCGCUUCUUUCUUUUGUCCAUCCAUCCAUCGAUUCAAAACGGCCAGCCACAGGCAGAGAGCAAGGCAUGCAGGCAGCAAAAGACGGGAAAUAAACCUUUCCGUCAACCGACACGCGGGCAGACAGACAGGCAGGGAGGGAGACAGCAAGGAGGGCACACUGACAUCAUCGCUGUGUGUGGAUGAACGGCAAAGAAACGAAUUAUCCCAUCACUCUCUCAAACGGCUCGCAACGGCAAAACUCGGCAACCACCCACCUUACCCUUUAAAACGCCCCACCCCACCCCCCCUCCCUCCCAGCAAGGAAACCAUCGAAAAAGUGUCUGCCCUCUGAGGUGUGUGUGCAUGCAUGUGAAGAGCGGUGCGAGGGUGGAAGUGGAUGGAUGGGCGUAGGGUAUGUGUGUGGUGUGGGCUGGGGUGCAGACGUACCGAUAGGUAAAAUGACAGUCAGGCCAGAGCAGGUCGGUCACAGUGUGUGUAUGUAUGUGUGUUUACGAUACGUACCUACCGAUGUCAGGGUCAAUGAUCAAAAAUAGGUCUCACAGACGGACGUAGGUAGCGUAGCAAGCGGGUGGGUGUGUAGGUACUUAGACAAGAUAUAAACACCAGGAGAAAGCGAGAACGCCACGCCCGACAGUUCGUUGCACUUCAUACCGCCACUGCUGAUGAAUGGAAUGGUGGUACGGAUGGUGCGGGUCAGAUGGUGCGUGAAUGAUCAAGAGCUUGAAGAUGUCGCCAGAGGACCAGGAGUUGUGGGCCGCAGCCGACUGCAAGGAGUGGGACUCAUUCGCCAAGCACAACACGUACAAGUGGGUGCUGGAGAAUGAAUCCCACUUCUUGCGGUCGGCUGCGGCCCACAACAAACAGGUCAGUCAGCCAUCUGGCAAGCCGCUUACACACAGACUUACACACACAUCCAUACGCCAUCACAUCACGCGCUCGCACUACCGCCCGCCGCCCGGGCCCCACCGACAAAAAGGUUGGCUGGCGCAAACAAAAUACAUCGCCUGCCAGCGUCGAGAGAGCUGGCUGGCAGUCGGCAACGCAGCUGGCAAGAGACACGAACACCUUUCCCUCUGACCCCUCCCUCCCUAAGUGUGUGGGACGGUGGGCCUAGCUUCUCUUGAACAUGGAGAGCAUCCGCUGGGUGACCGCGAAACCGCCGGCAACGUUCAUCGACGCAACCUGCACACAAAACAAGAAACCGAGCAUAGGGUGGAUGGAUGGAUGGAUGGAUGGGCAUAAGUCACGUGUCUCCGUGGGUAGGUAGGUACCGCAAUCGCGAUGGCGUUGAGGAUGAUUGCGGUGUCGCCCCUCUUUUCGCAGAACCAGGCAUCGACAUUGUCGCCGUUGCACUCGUCCUGGAGGGGCAUGUACUUGUACUCGCUGAUGCCCAGCAUGCCGCCCAGCACCACAAUACCGCUGAUAGCGUUGGACACCGACAUCAAUCUGACCACACACACACAUACAGCAGGGAGCGAGGGAGGGAGAGAGGGUAUGUGUGUGUCUGUGUAUGCGUGUCUCAAUGGGUGAGUUGCGUUUCGUUUCGUACGGUGUGUGGAGUGCGGGUGCGACGUUCCAGAUGAGCAUGUAGCCCACCCAGCAGGCCAACACAAACACCAUCAGCUGCGGCACAAAGGUUUGCGGGCCGAACUGAGAAGAAAAGACACCCGUACAUAGUAAAUGCAGCCAACCGUCAUCAAACAGGCCAGUCGUCUGUGUGCUCUCUGUGUGAGUGCCCACCGCGGCGAACACGCCGAUGAACACAGCAAUGGCUAAAAGAGAAAUGGCCGACCUGACCACAGAAACCACACACACACAGUGGUCGAGUAGAGGACGUGACUCGUGUGUUGUGGCUUGGCUGCUUGCACACCCACCCGACGGUAAUGGGUCCGAGGAUGUGUGUCGACAUGCGCUUGGCGAACUUGGCGCUCACAGUCUCGAUCUCCGCCUUGGGCUGGGGCAUUGCCGGGCCGCCGGCCUUGGCCGCCUGUGGCGGGGGGCCGGCGGGCUUGGGGGGCGGCCAGGUGACAGUCCCCUCGUGUGCGACCGUGAUGCCGCGGAUGAUGUCGUCCUCCUGGUUGAGCUUGAACUCCUUGCCGCCGCCGCAGUGGUGCAUCAGGUGGUAGACGUUGUUGGCGAACAUGACGGACGCCUGGGAGGCCAUGCGGCUGGUCAGGUCGGUGUCGCCGCAGAUGGUCACGCUGCCGCCACGGGGGGUGGUGUAGACGUAGGUCUCGCCCGGACGGGUGACCUUGCAGUUGCCGCCGGUGAGGGCCGCAAGGUCGAUGAUGACGCUGCCCGACUUCAUCGCGUCGACGUGGUACUGGUCGAUCAGGAUGGGAGCCUUGCGGCCGGGGAUGGCCGCCUGUGUGUGCAUGUCACAGGGAGAGGGAUAUCUUUUGUGGAGGGGUUCUCUGUGUGUGUGUGGUUGGUUGACGUACGGUAGUGAUGAUGAUGUCGCACUCCUUGGCCUGCUCCAGGAAGAGCUCCAUCUCCUUCUCAAUGAACUCGGGACUCAUCGGCUGCGUAUACACACACACACACACACACACAUAUGGGGUCAAUGUCUGUCUGGAGGUGCCUUGGUGUGCCGUGUGUGUGUAUGCCUGCCUACCUUAGCAUAGCCGCCCUCUCCGGUUCCGUCUUCCUUGAAGUCCAUGACGAGGAACCGGCCACCCAUCGACUCGACCUGGUCCUUGCACUCAAGGCGAGUGUCAAACGCACGAACGUCAGCUGACACACAGACACAUAGACACACAGGCAGGGAGGCAGCCAAGCGUAUGUGUGCACAUGAUUCCAUCCCCCUGUUGCCUUGUUGUUUCCCACCUCCCAGGUUGUGUGCGGCCCCGAUGGCCUGCAGCCCCGCCACGCCCGCACCUAUCACCAACACCUUAGCGGGCGGGAACUUGCCCUGCAGAGCAGACAGAGACGACACACACAGAUGGACGUGUGUUGCGUUGAUGACUGCGUGUGUGGCAGGCAUGUUUGCUGUAUGUCCCGAUGCCUCACCGCUGCUGUGAUCUCGCCAGAAAAGAAACGCCUAACACGCAGAGAGAGAGAGAGAGAGAGAGGGAGGUAGGCAGGCAGAAAGGACACGUGCCGGUUUGUGUGAGUUGGUCUGUGAAGGCAGCGCGUUCGUUGAUGCUUACUGGAAGUGGUAGGCCGCCUCGAUGAUGGCACGGUAGCUGAUAGAUACCACAGACGACAACACACACGAACGCGUUUAUGUGCGGUGUGGUGUGGUGUGGUGGGUGGAUGGGCGUAGGUACGUACCCUGCAAUUUUGGCGGUGCUGCUGAGAACGUCCAUUUUCUGUGCGGUGGUGAUGCGCGGCACCGCAUCCAUCGCCAGCAACGUCACACCCCUCUCGGCCGCCUUGCUGUUGUCACACACACACACACACACACAAACACGUCACACACACUCAGGGGCUCUGUGAUGCGCAGAAUGUGUACCUGAGCAGGUCUUGGUUCUGUGCGGGCUGGACCCAUCCGAUGAGCACCUGACCCGCACUCAUCGACUCGACGUCCUCGACAGUGGGCGUCGUGAUCUGAGAGGCAGGCAGGCAGGCAGCCCACAGACACACACACAUGGAUGGAUGGGGUGUCUUGUGUUGUGUGUCUCUUCUGUGGGUGUCAGUCAGUCACUCAUCUGCCUCUGCUGCUCGGUGGGGUGCGUCACCUCACUCACCUUGACGAUGACUUUGGACUCGGCAAUGAGUGUCGCUCGGUCAACCACGCGGGCCCCACACACUUCGUACGCCGCAUCAGAGAUACUCGCACCGGCACUGCCACACACACGGAGUGGGGGACGCACGUGUAGGUGUCUCUCUCUCCCUCUCCCGGCUGUGUGGGUGUGCGGACGAUUAAUGGGUCACACACCCAGCGCCUCUCUCGACGAGUGUUUCGAUGCCGAGUUUCUCGAGCAUCUUCUCCGCGACAGUGUUGUCGAUCGCCACACGCUUCUCCUUGACGUCGCCCGUCUCCCUGUAACAUUAGAGAGAGACACACAGACAGGUGGUCAGUCAAUUCUUCUCCUCUCCGUGUGUGUGUGUGUGUAUGUUCGUGUGUCGAUUAUACUUGAGUACUCCGACUUUGAGGAAGGUCUCAGGGCGGACCCGCUUGGUCGCCGCCUCACUCUCGCCCUUUACGGAUGCACGAACACCACACACCACAGACACAGUCCAGGAGUACGUGUGUGGGUGCCACUUAUGUGCGUGUGAGGGUACGUGGUGAGUGCCGUUGAGCAGGCCGUUCUGGUCAGUGAUGGUCUUGGAGCCAGGGGCGGUCGUGUUGUCGGCUGUGGUGUCCACGGCCACUGUCGUGUCGUUGGUCUGCUGCUUCUUGCUGGCGUCAUUCUUGCUCGCCCUGACGCUCUCGAGGAGCGAGUCGAUUGUCUUCUUGCCGUCGCCCAGCAGCAUGGCGUUGUUGGGGUACACGAACAGGGGGUUGUCGACUGGGGGGAGGGAGGGACAUGUCCAUGUGUGUGCAUUCAUUGAGUUGUGUUGUGUUGUGUUGUGUUGUUGUGUUAUGCAGUGAGUGCGCACCUCCCGCAUAGCCGGACGCAAGAGACCGCUUCAUUACCACACACUGCAGUAAGAUCCACCCACCAUACCAUACACACCACACGCCAUAACACACUCGCGAUUGUGUGUGUGUGUGUGUGUGUUGUGUGUGUGUGUGGCUGACCUGUUUUGCCUUCCAGACUUCGAGUACGGGCAUGCCGUAGAUGGCGGAGCUCUCGUCCGUCUGGGCCGCGGGGUUCACAGUGUCGUUGGCCCCUAUCACCAACACCUGCACCCACCAACAACCCGAUGGCCCACACCUCAGUCAACAGCCGGCCGUGUGGUGUUUAGUGGGCCGUGUGGUGGAUUGGAGGCACGUACCAGGUCGGUGUCCGGGAAGUCGUGGUUGAUUUCGUCCAUCGACAGCACUAUGUCGUACGGCACACUCGCUGCACGUCCACACAUGACACACACAUGGGAGCAAGUGCAUCCACGUCCACAGUCUCAUAGAUCUCUGCCCGCCUGCCUGCCUGUCCUUCGCACCUUCGGCAAGCAGCACAUUCAUGUGGCCGGGCAGACGACUGAUCACACACCAACCAACGGACAGUCAGCAGCCCUCUUGCAUCAGACAGAUUCCCUUCACCAUUCGCUCACCCAGCGACCGGAUGGAUGCCGAACCUGACUUUGACGCCUUUAGCCCUGAGCUCCUUGGUGAGCUCCGCCACCGAGUGCUGUGCGCGCGAGACGGCCAUGCCGUAUCCCGGCGUGAUAAUGACGGACCGUGCCUCGAGCAUCCACUUGGUGACCUGGUCGACAGUCGUCUGUGUGACCUCCCCCUCCACCUUGGUGCCGCCCGCCGUCUUGCCCAUGUCGCCGAAGCCGCCCACCAACACGUUGUAGAUGGACCGGUUCAUCGCCUCGCACAUGACAUACGACAGGAUAAUGCCGCUGCACACACACACAUGGCGGUGCGGUCUGUUCUGUGUGUCUGUCUUUGUUUCUUUCUGGUGUGGUGUGGCCUGGCCUGACCUCGCCCCGACGAAGGCGCCGGCGAUGACCAUGAGGUUGUUGCUGAUCAUGAAGCCGGCGAACACCCCGGCCCAGCCACUGCCGCUGUUGAGCACCGAUAUCACCACGGGCAUGUCCGCACCACCGAUGGCCAUCACAAAAGCGACGCCAUAUGCGGCUGACAGACCCGUCAGCACACACAGAGCGAUCAGCCCGAUGGUGCUGCCGAGUCCGUAGUUGCCCGCCACGACGCCGAGUGCGAUUAUGGCGCCGAAAAGGAGUGGCACCCAGAGGGCACGGCCGGGCAACACACGGGGGCGGGGCUUGAUGAAGCCGCUCAGCUUGGCGCAGGCCACCAGGCUGCCCGUGAACGUGACGAUACCGACGAUCACCUGAACCCAAAGCAGCAGACAGACAGCCGCAUGUGUGUUGGUGUGUCUGUGUCUGUGUCUGUGUGUGUGUGCGGAUGUGGGUGCGGCAAUGACUGACCCCGAGGAGGUAGAAUAUGGCCUGGAAGACGAUGAUCUCGUUGCCCUUGUUUAGCUCCUCCUCACGGACGUCCUCGUAGCGGUCGUUGAAGAGCGCAAAGCCCUCCAAAGUGGCCGCCAGACCGCCGAAGGCAUUCAACAGACCAACCUGAGCAAUCCGAUCCAAUCCAUAUAUCAGCACAGAGAGAGAUGGUAGAGAUCAACCCCUUGGUGCUGGUUUACUGUGUGUGUGCGUGGAUCUCACCAUUUGCGGCAUGCCUGUCAUCUUGACCAUGAGGGCUCCGGUGACGGCAAUGACGGCCGCAGGCACACAGGCGACCGCAAAGAUCCAAUACGCAUUACCUGCGUCAUGCGAACGGACAGACAGAUGGACUCCAGCAAUGAAAGCCCUGUUUGCAAAAGCCUUUCCUCCUCCCUCCCUGUCUGCUGCUCGUGCACCUCUCCCUCCACCCAUCCCUCCACACACACAUACCGAAGAGUUGGUCGCUCGCCAGCACUCCACCGAUGGCCAGCAGCAUACCCAGAGACCCAUACUGACAUAGACACACAGACAGACAGACAUUGCACACACCACCAAUGUGCUACGUUGGUGUCUUACGAUGUUGCCCAUCCUGGCGGUUUCCUGGUGAGAUAAACCCCUGCAGACAGACAGCAGCCAACCAACCACACACACCGCACACACGACACGCCACGGCCAAGCAGAUGUGUGUCUUGUCUUGCGCAGCCGUCCGUAUGUAUCCAUAUAUCUGUCUGUCUGUCCUCACCGGAGUGCGAGGAUGAACAGCAGUGCCGACCCCACAUAACACACCUCCAACCACAGGUUGUCCCUGACACACACAUCGCACAAGACGGCACGCAAAACACACAGGCCCAUGUGUGUGCCGUGUCUGUCGGUGCCAUCUGUCUGUGUCCUUUGUGCGCUUGCCUCUGUAUUGAGAGGGGGACCUCGCCAGGAAACGCCUCGCUCCACACAUCGUCCACAGUCGCCAUCUCGACGCUCUGCUCAAUGACAAUGAAAGCUGCUUCUCACUAUCUCUCCCACGCUGCGCUGCUACCCUCUCUUUGCUCCCGUUUCCUUGCCGUCGCAG